GGCAAAACUGAGUCGCGUACGUCAUUCAUUGCCAACAGAUUCAUGUUCACAUUGCAAUAAAUUUCUAUAAAAACUAAAAAAAUCGUCGGUUUUAGCAACAUAACAUAUUGCAAAUAAGUGUGAAGUAUUGUGAUAUACAUCCUUUAGUAUUAAUUAAUCUAGUUCAAUUUUAUUAAAUUCAAUAUGUUUAUUUUAGACUGGUUUACUGGUGUCCUCGGAUUCCUUGGUUUGUGGAAAAAAUCUGGCAAACUACUGUUCUUGGGUCUGGACAAUGCUGGCAAAACAACACUCCUGCAUAUGCUAAAGGAUGACAGACUUGCGCAACAUGUACCCACACUACAUCCUACUUCUGAAGAGCUCUCAAUAGGCAGUAUGCGCUUCACAACGUUCGACCUGGGCGGACAUCAGCAGGCGCGGCGCGUGUGGCGUGACUACUUCCCCGCCGUGGACGCGAUCGUUUUCUUGGUGGACGCGUGCGACCGCGCGCGUCUGCCCGAGUCCAAGGCCGAGCUGGACUCAUUACUCACAGACGAAACACUCAGCAACUGUCCCGUACUCAUACUCGGCAAUAAGAUCGACAAACCCGGCGCGGCCAGCGAGGACGAGCUCCGCCAGUUCUUCAACCUUUAUCAACAAACCACUGGAAAGGGCAAAGUAUCCAGAUCAGAGCUGCCUGGACGGCCGCUGGAACUGUUCAUGUGCUCAGUACUGAAGCGACAGGGUUACGGCGAAGGAUUCCGUUGGCUCGCCCAGUACAUCGACUGAACUCAUCGCCAACACACCGCACUCGGGCUAGCUUAUACUCGUAUGCUUUUCUGAUAAUGUCCAAACGUAGCUGCCUAUAUUGGGAUCCGGAAAAUUAUUUGUUAUCCAACUCGAGUACUGUAUCAAUACUCUACAUAAUGAACACUGCGUUGUGAAGGUGUGAUGAAUUGCUGUAACUAUUUUAGUUCAUUAGUAAGUUAAUUAACUAACAGUUUUAUACUUUACAAUUGAUUGUGAAGGUAACAGUUGAUGUUUGUAGCAUCAAUAGGUGUACUUAACACCUAUAUAGAGAUGCAGUCUUUUUUAUUUUUGGUAUCGUUUCAAUGGUGGUGAUAUCCAAGUAGCUACGUUUACCUAAUUGUGUGAAGUUCGAAAUGCGCCCGUCUGUAAGCUGCCUCACUCGCUAACUAGUAAUCUGACGUUUUUAAUUUCGCUGUCCUGUCCUUAUAUUUAGUAUUUCGUAUUUCUAAGAGGUGAAUCUCACCUGUAUUACCUUGGCAUACUGUAUUCUUAUUUUUAUAUACUUUUUCUGUAGUUUUAUUAAAUGUGGGACAUUCCGACUAAUUAUGAAUUUUCGUACAUACAUUAUAGUACAAAGCAGAUUUAAAUGUACUAUUUAGUACCCAUAUUACAAUAAACAUUACUAGUUAGCGAGACACGUAUUGCGGUUUAAAAUAUAUUUCAGCUAUAAUAACAAAUAGUUCUUAGUUGUUCAGUGAUUAUUUGUUUGGCUGUUAAAUGAUAACCUUUCAAUUUACGUAGUAUGUAAAGAACUGAACGCUUCUCCUCCUGUACGUUCUUUGUGUUUAUGAAACAAUAUAAAUUUGUGUCUAUAUAAAUAAGCUAAUGGUGCGAAGCAUUGUAUGUAUAGUUUCCAUGGUCAACACACAUUACACCACAGUUGCAAUUUUGUGCAAUUUAAAUGCUGAUUUGUUGCAGUUCAUAAUAGACAAUAUUUCUCCUAAUCAGCUCAGGCUCAUUGCGGAGCCGGAGUGUUAUUAUAAGAUGUAAUUAAAUUCAAAUUUUAAAUAUUAUUAAUAUUGUUACUCUCAUUCCAACUGUAUUGAGUGAUAAUUUUGACCUGAAUUAUUUAUCAAAUACUGCUCACUGCGUUGUAUGUAUAUUUAAUUGUAACGACGAGUUAUAUUUCUGUAAAUUAUUUCAAUCAUUUGAUUAUAUUUUGCGGAUUGUUUAAAUAGUGUGUGGGGUUCGGAGCGGCUAGUCUACUUUGUGGUAGAUCGAUAAUGAAAUGAUUUUACAUUGUAAUAGAGUUUGAAUUUGAAUAUAAAAUGUCGAGAAGUUGAGUUUCUUCCAAUCAAAGCCUACCGAGUGACUUUUACGCUGAAGACAAUGUUGUCAUCUGUUCCGCCGCAUGUGGACUGUGUGCAAUGUAAUUCCUUCUAUUCUAUUUUGCACAAAAGUACCAGUACGCGGAAUUUUACGCUCGUCUGGCUCUUAUGUGUAACAAAAAAAACAGAAUUCUUUUAAUUUAAGUUGGAAGAGCUGCAUUUCUAAGCACAAACGAAAAUAUAUAGAAACUCAUUAGUAGACAUCACAAUAUGGACAUUACAACCCGAUAGAAAUUUCUCGAAUAUUUUUCUUUGGCAAGCCCAACCAAAAAUGUUCCAGAAAGUUUAUAAUGAAAUAACGUUAUGACAAAAAUCGUCAUUCACGGUCAGUCGGUUAAGAAAGAGACUGAUAUAUGUAUGUAUGACGAUUAUUACAUGUUUAAUUAUUCAGGUUCAGGAUUGUUCAGGUGAAACUUAUGUUAUAGAUACUAUAGUUUUCAGUUGUACGUGUUUUGUACGACAUAUAGUUUUAAAAUAUAGCCAUUUUAUAUAAAGACGAGCCGUUUCCAGUAAUUUGUCGCGAUCAACAUCUGCUGGCUCACCAGCUCUUCUAGACAAUGUUUUUGGGUAUAUUAUUUGCAGUUAAGUCCAGAAAACAAGAUUUGUAAUAAAAUUUAUA